AUGUCACGGAAUAUUCACAUCUGUUUGCUGAAUGGUCGGCGUGAGACGCUGACAGUCCUGCAAUCUUCCAAAGUAGGAGACUUGAGGAUUCUGGCCCAGAAAUCCUUUCUGCUCAAAGGCUACGUGAAGCUGGUUACAGCAGAAGGCCACGUUUUGGCUGAUCCUGAGCAAAGUGUGCAAGAUGCGGGUCUGCAUGAAGGAGACACCAUCACGGCCAUCGUUCAACAAGUCCAGAUAGCCGCGGCAUCGAGUGCUUUUGCUUUGUGGUGCUCUGGAGGUGACAGUUUGGUGACAUGGGGCCAUCCACGUGGCGGUGGUGACUGCUCCGCAGUCCAGAAUCAGCUUAGGCAGGUGCAGCAGGUUCAGGCAACAAGCCUUGCAUUUGCUGCGAUCACUGGAGACGGUUCAGUCGUAGCAUGGGGUACUCCAGAUCGCGGUGGUGACAUUUCCGCAGUCAACCAUCAGCUUCGGAACGUGAAGCGGGUUCAGUCCACAUGUGCUGCAUUUGCUGCGAUCCUGACAGAUGGCUCGGUGGUGACAUGGGGCUCUCCACAUGCUGGCGGUGACAGCUCUGCAGUCCAGCAUCAGCUUCGGAAUGUACAACAGAUUCAGGCCACAGCAGAGGCAUUUGCUGCGAUCCUGGCAGAUGGCUCGGUGGUGACAUGGGGCAGUUCAGGUUUUGGUGGUGAUUGCUCUGCAGUCAACCAUCAGCUGUCGAAUGUGCAACAGCUUCAGGCCUCGUCAUGUGCAUUUGCGGCGAUCCUGGCAGAUGGCUCAGUCGUGACGUGGGGUAGUCCAGAGCAUGGUGGUGACAGUUCCACAGUCCACCAUCAGCUUAGGAAUGUGAAGCAGAUUCAGACCACAGGCCUUGCAUUUGCCGCUAUUGUGGCAGAUGGCUCGGUCGUGACGUGGGGUACUCCUGUAUUUGGUGGUGACAGCUCCGCAGUCCAGGAUCAGCUUAGGAACGUGAAGCAGAUUCAAGCCACAGGCGCGGCAUUUGCUGCAAUCCUGGUGGGUGGUUCUGUGGUGACAUGGGGCAAUCCACUGGAAGGUGGUGACAGCUCUGCAGUCCAGCAUCAGCUUCGGAAUGUGAAGCAGGUUCAGGCCACGCGGCAGGCAUUUGCUGCGAUCCUGGCAGAUGGCUCGGCGGUGACAUGGGGCUCUCGACAUGCUGGUGGUGACAGCUCUGCAGUUCAGCAUCAGCUUCGGAAUGUAGAACAGGUUCAGGCCAAUGUCAAUGCAUUUGCUGCGAACCUGGCAGAUGGCUCUGUCGUGACAUGGGGCAGGCCAGACAAUGGUGGUGAUAGCUCUGCUGUCCUCCAUCAACUGAAGAAUGUGCAGCAGCUUCAUGCAACAAGCCUUGCAUUUGCUGCGAUCCUGGUGGAUGGCUCUCUUGUGACAUGGGGCAAUCCGGAAAGUGGUGGUUGCAGCUCCGCCAUCCAGGAUCAGCUUCGGAAUAUAUAA